ACAGUUUCCAUCUGCAUUCAACUGCAGAGAAUAAGAGCUCCAGCAAUAUAUAUCGCUAGAGAGAGAAAGUAAGGAGGGAGAGAGAGAGAAGAGAGAAUUAUUGGUCGUGCAGCAACCUCCGUGAAUUCGAGCUCCCUUCACUCAGUGGAUUGUUCUGGUCUCAAUUGAGCCGAUUCAAUGUGAUUGAAAUCGUGACGGGGCUGAUUAUUGAUUGGAAAUUCGUGAAGAUUGCCUGUCUGCGUGCAUCAUUCAGCAUUAUGACAUCUUCCGUUCACAGCCUUUCAGAUAAUAGUGAGGCUGAUGAACAACAAAACCACACAGAGUCUUACCUCCAGCCCUUGUCUCCAGCAAAAGGGAUGUGUGCUACUGGUAUUGCAUCACCAGGAAUGCCCUAUGCACCACCUGCUCAAGUUGGAGUUGGAAAUGUAAUGGCGCAAACAGCUUACCCAUAUCCUGACCCGUACUACAGGAGCAUAUUUGCUCCUUACGAAACCCAGCCUUAUCCAGCGCAACCUUAUCCUGCGCAGCCUAUGGUACAUUUGCAAUUGAUGGGAAUUCAGCAAGCUGGUGUGCCAUUGCCCACAGAAGCAGUUGAGGAGCCUGUCUUUGUUAACGCAAAGCAAUAUCAUGGCAUCUUGCGUCGUCGCCAGUCUCGUGCUAAGGCUGAAUCAGAAAAUAAACUAUCCAAGCCUCGAAAGCCAUAUUUGCAUGAAUCUCGGCACUUGCAUGCACUGAGGCGAGCUCGAGGAAACGGGGGUCGAUUCCAGAAAAAAAACGACAACCUGAAGAAGAAAGAUGUUGAAUCUAGCGAGAAGUAUCGCGACAGUAUCAACCUCAACGGCGAAAAAGAUGCCCCCCAAAGAGCGCCCUCAGAAGAUGUAGCUUAAACAGGUCGAAACGAAAGUAGCUCAGUCGAAACUAUCUCGUGUGAAUUUGGCAGAUUCAUUAAGAUGAUGGUUCAUAGAUAUUUAAGUCAUAGUUUCGUGUGUGUACAUUCAGUUUAUAGGUUUUUUGUAGGGAGCGUUUCAGCAGAAUGUGAAUUUCAGGUUGCUGUGCCA